AUGGCUGACAAAUUAAACGAAUAUCAAGGAGUGACAGGAAGAAUACAUUCCACGAGGGACAAGUGUAAAGAGCGCUGGGCACAAUGGAAGGAGGAGCAUCCCCAAGGGGUGAGGAAAGCUGUAAGAGAAGCUCUCUUUGCUAUACCAUCUUCGGAUGAACCACCUGAACGGGUUGUAAAGGAGGGUGAAUACAGUGAUUUAUUUAGGAGAAAAAACAGACUUGAAUUAAUGAGAAUAUCCGCAGCGGUCAUGGGCAUUGAGUUUUCAUAUGCUGGAGAAACGGCGUUUGUUUCUCCAACACUUCUUCAAAUAGGAGUUCCUCAUCAACAAAUGACUCUAGUGUGGGCUCUCUCACCGCUUAUAGGAUUCUUUAUGACUCCUUUAUUAGGAUCUCUCAGUGACAGAUGCCCGUCAAAGUAUGGAAGACGGAGACCGUUUAUUGUUCUAAUGUCGAUUGGAGUAUUUUUAGGCUUAAUUUUAGUUCCAAAUGGCGAAGAUUUAGGUUAUGCCAUGGGCGAUGAAGGGGCUGUUAAUAGGACAGUGGUCCCCUCAGCUUUAGGGCCUAGGAGUUCAGCUCUUGAUGUCCAGGGCAAUAAUCACCACCCCUGGGGGGUGUUUUUCACAGUACUGGGCACAGUAUUAUUGGAUUUCGACGCUGAUGCUUGCCAGAGCCCCGCUAGGGCGUAUCUCCUUGAUGUGACUGUUCCAGAGGAUCAUGCUAAGGGACUGAGUACGUUUACCGUGAUGGCUGGCCUGGGUGGAUUUAUGGGCUACGCUUUAGGAGGAAUAAACUGGGAUGAAACUUCUUUAGGUGCAUUGUUUGGAGGUCACGUCAGAGCAGUAUUUUUCUUAAUCACCAUAAUAUUCAUAGUAUGUGUAACGGCUACCAUAACAAGUUUUAAAGAGAUUCCUCUCAAUGAGAUAAAUGGAAGUGACGAUUACAAAAAGCUAAAUGAUGAUCAAUUCGAAGAACACUUUAAAGAGGGAGGUGAUGUGGAAAAGAAUACCUUGAAGAAAGACAACGCUUCAUACGGUUCUUUAAAUCAACCAGACCCCCCGGCAUCAACAGUAGCGACAGGAGAGGAUGAUAUUAAUAAUGGCGGUAUAACAUUGACGGUGCCAGAGGCUCACGGAGAGCCUCUAACUCUCAAGCACUAUCUCAAAUCUAUUGUGCUAAUGCCAAAGUCACUAAAGAUCGUAUGCCUCACUAACCUGUUCUGCUGGAUGGCACACGUCUGCUAUUCUCUUUAUUUUACUGAUUUUGUCGGCGAAUCAGUUUUCGGUGGUAAUCCGGCAGCACCUGUGGGCAGUGAAAGUCGUGUGAACUACGAAGCCGGCGUUCGUUUCGGAUGCUGGGGAAUGGCAAUGUAUUCAUUAUCCUGCGCUUGUUAUUCUACAGUUAUUGAGAAACUUAUAAAAAUGCUAGGAGCAAAGAAGGUGUACGUAGGUGGACUCUGUACGUAUAGCUGCGGCAUGCUCAUGCUCUGCCUGCUGCGAGCGCGUGCCGCGGUGCUGCUGUUUAGUUGGACUGCCGGAAUCAUGUACUCUACGCUCUUUACUAUGCCAUAUUUGCUCGUCGCACAUUAUCACGCUACUGGCAUGUGGGACAGUGAAGGUGGGGGUAGUGAGCAAGAACGAGGUAUAGGCACUGAUGUAGCAGUGGUCAGCAGCUGUGUAUUCGUGGCACAACUCCUCAUCUCAGUGAUCAUGGGAUUUGCUGUAAAACUAACAGGCUCUACAGCCGCGGUGGUCGCUGUGGCCGCCACCCUUGCCGGAGCCGCUGCCUUUACAGCUACGAAAAUAACUUAUCUCGAUUUG